AGAAAGAAAGAACAAAUACUUAUCUCUUUUUGUUAUCUCUUGUCUGAGUUUAAAAAAAAAUGGAUCCUACUUCGAAUGAUCAUCAAGAGUUUGAACAAGUCGAAGCUAUUGAUGAUCUUCUCGAAGAUUUCUGGUUCUUUGAUAACUUACUUGGUAGAAGAUCAACAAUCUUGAGGUACUGUCAUUCAGAUCCUUACCCUUUUUCUCCUUCUUCUACUCAUCCCAAAACAGAAGUCUUAAUUGGAGAUUCCGUUUCGGAGAAGAAGCUUCUAGAAGCUCUCACAGUGGGAGAUUCUGUCUCACCACCGUGUACAGUGAAGGAAGAAGGUGGAGGCGAGCCUGAGAAGAUGAAAAAGAUGAGAAGGCAGUUCUCUGAGAAGAUUAGGGUUCAAGAAAGAACGACUUACUUGCAGAAGAAGGAACCUGUGGUUCGUCGGGAGAAGGGAAUUAGAGAAAGUUCUAAAAAGAACAAAACUGGUAGAAGUAGUUGUAAUAACAAGAGUGUCCCGAUGGGAGGGAGUUUGCAGAGAACUCAGACAUUACCUACUUACAUAGGAAGAGAAGGUGAUAGAAACGAGUUUGACGAUCAAGAGAGCGACGAUUCGAGAAUGGGAUACUUGAUCCGUGAAGCCAUCGCAAGCUCUUCUUCUGGGUUUACUACUCCAACGAAACAGAAUAUUCCAAAGAUGUCAAGCAUUCCAAGGCAUAGACCACCGAGAAACUCGAGAUCAGAAGAAGCUAUUAAAGAAAUGGCUGUCAAGUCACAAGGAAGUAAAACGCUGCGUAAGACGUUGAGCAGCAUCGAUACGAAAGAGAUUAUGCCGUUGAAGGAGUUGGACAUUACUGAACCGGAGAAGAAAGUAGUAAGAGAUGAUGAAAAACAGAAGAGGGUCGUGAAAAGCCGGUCGGCAGUGGUUGUGGGACAGCCGAUACCGGUUUGGGUUCCAAAGGAUUCGAGAAGAGACAUGAAAGCGCAAAUAAAGUUUUGGGCUCGAACCGUGGAUAGUAAUGUUCGACAAGAAUGUUAACAACAACAAAUGAUUAUCUAUAAAUAUAUACAGUAACUUCAUUUCUCA